AUGGGCAACUCCAGCUGCUUCAGUUUUCUGCACAGACCAGCAAAGUUGACCACUGGGUACUGGGACUUCCGCGGCCUUGGUGCACCAAUGAGGAUGAUGUGCGUCUACACAAAAGUUCCCUGGGAGGAUGUUAAAUAUUCAGCGAAGCAGAAGGCGAAGGGCAGUUGGAUUGCCCCAGAGUGGGAGGGAGAAAAGAGGCCGCAGCUACGGGAGCAAAAUCCAUUGGUCCAGCUUCCGUACGUCAUCAACCAUUCAACGGGAGAGGUCAUCGCGCAGUCCAGCGCCGUUUACCUUUACCUGGGCCGGGUCCUGGGGCUCGGUGGGGACACUCACCAGGAACAGCUGGCAAACGAACAGGUCCUGUUCUACUUGUAUGGCAUGUGGAUGGAAGUUCGAGAUCUGGUCUACCCCUCCUACACGAGCAGGACUGAAGAAAGCUUCAGAUCAUCGCUGGACAACCACUUUUUAGGCUCUAUUACUGGCCACUAUGAAAAGCUUGAGGCCUGGCUGAGGCAGAGAGAGACUCCGUUCUUUGCCAGUUCACGACCCUGUACAGCUGACUUUCACGUGUGGGAGAUGUUGGACCAGCAGGAGUGCAUGGCCCGCACCUACAGCUUUCCGUCUCCGUUGGAGGACUUUGCGUGCAUGAAGGCCUUCUACAGAAGAUUUCGAGAGCUUCCCGAGUUGGAACCAUACUUUGCCAGCGGAGAUUACUCUUUGCCGAUGAACAACAAGAUGGCCUUCUACAAGUGA